AUGGGGCAUAUGGCCCUGCCCAUCUUGCAGCAGCUAGUAAAGAAUGAGAUGAUUGCUGGCAAACGUGUGAAGGGGGAGCCCGAUGAGGUACUUGGCUGCCCGACGUGCAUGCAAGCCAAGUUCACCCGUUUCCCAUUCUCUAGUUCGGAGGCAACGGCUAAGGCACCACUUGAUGAGGUGGUGAUGGACGUGGUGGGCCCCCUGAAGCUUGGAGCUGCUGGAGCUGAGUACUUCCUCACUAUUGUGGACGUCUACACCCGUAUGACUUGGGUGUACGUGCUGGCCAAGAAGAGCGACGUGGCUGAAACGUUGAAGGCAGAUUGGUUCCCGAUGGUGGAGCGGCAACAAGACCGUCUAGUCAAGUCAAUCCGCACCGAUCGAGGGGGAGAGUUCCUGAGCAAGGAGUUUGGGUUGUGGCUGAAGAAGAAUGACAAAUGGGUGCCCUAUGUGGAGUGGCUAGGAAGGAAGCCAAAGGUGGAUAUGCUUCGGGUGUUCGGGUGCAUGUGCAUGGCGCUCGUGCCUAAGCAUCUUCGGCACAACAAGCUUGGUGCCAAGGCGGUGUGGGCCGUGCACUUGGGCAUGGCUCAAAGCAGCAAGGGAUGGCUUCUUUGGGACCCAUUCACCAAGAAGUUCUUGGUGAGAAGGGACUACAAGUUCAUGGAGAACUUCGUGUACAAAGAUUGGAAGGCGGAGAAUGAGGCGAAGAUAGGCGUGCGGUUUGGGGAGGUGAAGAGUUCCGGUUUGGAGCAUGUGGAGCUGCCUUUGGAGCUGAGCUGCGGCAGCACAACCACAAGGCAAUCCUCCCUUGUGAAUGGGGGAGAGGAGGCCAAUGAUGCAGAGGAAGAAGAGGAGGAGGUGCAGCAAGCCUUCAAGUCCCUGCAGCUGAGGAGGAAGGAAGGGGCAAGAGGAGAGUUCAGCCCCCUAAUAGGCUGA